UAUUACACCAUCGUUCGAAUGGUGGUGAAUUUAUAAAUUUGAAUAUCAUUUAAAUAACGCACAUAGAACGAAUUUCGUAGGCACGCUCUUACGCAAGUAAUUUCGUGAUAAUAGAAUUUCCAUAUACACAAUUUCGUUGUUGAUCGAUGAAAAAGAACAUUUUCAACGGUACGCCGUAUUGGAUUAUGGAGUGAGAGCAAACACACGCGUUAGAUUUCUUAACAACUAUAUCUACCAAAGAAUAUUAAGAGUGAAAUGUGAACAGUACAAUGGUUUCUAAUGUAUUCACACGAAUCGACGAAUACCGCUACGUUAUCAGUGAUGACAAGACCUAACUUAACAUGAGGUGAAACUAGGUCCACAAAGGUUUCACUUAUCGUUACAUUGUAGCGUUUUAUGCGAAAUAUUCCACUAUGGAAGCUCAUGAGAAUGAGCAGUAUGUCACGUUCCCUCUUUCUGGGGUGCAUGAUGGUAUUCAGGAUAAUAUUAUAUCACACGAGGAGAUAUGUGAACCUGUCAAUGAGUGUGUCCUUCAAGAAGAACUUACUGAAGUAUCUGUUACGGAUGUGAAUGCUGGUAUCACCGAGGCACAGGUUGCCGUUGAAAUUUUAGCUGAACAUUCUGAUGAGGAAGAUGAAAGUCGUGUGGUAUACCCAAUAUACAUUAAACAGGAAGAACAACAGCAGUAUACUUCUGGAGACGAUGAGUCUAUGGCUGUGGAAGCACUCAGACAACUUGGUGGGAUGUAUCCUUGUUUUGAAGACAAAAAAAUAUCUUGUCCUAAUUGCGCGAACCUUUUUAUGCAAGCAGAAAUGGCUAAGCAUCACACUAUGUGUAAUGCUAAUAAAUUGUCUUGUAUGACUUGUGGGGAACGAUUUGAAAGGAAAAUGGACUUAAAUAAUCACAUGGUUUGUCAUCAAGUGGAUCGACCUCAUGCUUGCAGAACUUGUGGUAACUUGUUCCGUUCAAAGAGCAGCUUAAAAUGUCAUAUGUUAGAAGUACACCAGGUGGAGAGACCUCAUAAAUGUACAAUAUGUGGAGCAGAUUUUCAGAGGCCUUCUAGUUUAUCUAAUCAUAUGAAGAUUCACACUUAUGUUGCUGGUCGUGCUAUCAUGCAGUCACAAGGUAACAAUGUAUCACAGUCUGAGGAAACAUUCAGGAAGUGGCCUGAAGAUAUAACAGAGCCCCAAAAUAAUCAAGUGCCAUCGUCUUCUGUACAAAGUGUACAAACUUAUGAUACUGUUCAAUGGACAGUCCCGUCUUAUAAUUUUCAUAAUGAACAGUCGGCAGUUAAUGUAAUAUCUAAUCCUCAAGAAAAAAUGGAUACUCUUCAUGAGUUCACCGUAAUGCCAAAUGGGGAAGUAACACAAUUCGAAUAUACUCAACAGGGUAAUAUAAAUAAUCAAGUUAGUCAACAAUACAAUCUUUCGCUGAACUCUUUUAAUAACACAGAUGCAAUGGUAAAAGUUGAAACACUGUCAUACAACACUGAAAACAGGAGGAGUUAUUCAGAAAUUGAAACGAAUGGUAUAAAGCAGCACACUUGUAGACAUUGUGGAAUCAGCUUUUCUAGAGCAACAGCAUUGGUAUCUCAUGAAAAGAUACAUGCAUCUAAGAAUUGGAACAUGCCGAUGGAAUGUGAAUACUGCGAUAAGCAGUUCCAAGAUGGAAAUCACUUAGCUACUCAUCAAACAACUUGUGCAAAGAAAAUGAUGCAAAAUAAUAUAGACCAAGGUGCACCUAACAAUAAGUGGGGUAAACAUGCGUGUACUGAAUGUGGUAAAAAGUUUACCACUAAACAGAAAAUGUUCAGGCACCAAUGGAUUCAUAGAAAAAAGACAUAUUCCUGUGAGGUAUGUGGUUCUCAGUAUGAAAAACAAAACCAGUUGGAUGAACACAGACUAUCAGCACAUCCUGGUGAUUCUCCAUUUACUUGUACAGAAUGUGGUAAAAGCUUUGUGUCUCGUCAGGGGCUUUGGGAGCAUGGCAGAACUCAUGCAGGAAGUCCUGCUCACUUUCAGUGUGAUACAUGCUCCAAAACAUUUUCGUCCAGGCAGGGGUAUUUAAUCCAUCACCGAACACACACUGGAGAAAGACCAUAUGGCUGUAAAUUCUGUUGGAAAGCAUUUAGAGAUGGUGGAACUCUAAGAAAACAUGAACGUAUUCACACAGGCGAGAGACCUCACGUUUGUCCUCUGUGUUCAAGAGCAUUUAAUCAAAAGGUUGUUCUAAGAGAACAUGUCAGAUGGGUUCAUGCAGCAGGGAAAAAUGAAACUGAAAUAACUGGACCUCCUUUUCCUUGCCCUAUAUGUGGUGCAUUGAAUCAAGAUCGAGAUGAGCUGUGUGCACAUAUUGUUAAACAUUCUGACCAAAUGAUAGCAGAAGCAAAAGCCAAAACUAAUAACAAUGCACCAAAACCCAAGCCACCUAAGAAAAAAUCACGAGCCUCGGCAGGUACUAGCUUGCAAGGAAAACAUGCAGCUGGAAGCAGAAUAAUUUCUAAAGCAGAACAGAAUGAAGCACUUCUGUCUAUUACAGAGACAGAUAAGUCAGAUAGUCAGCAACUUUUAAGUGAUAAACAAAAUAGUACCUUUCUUGUAGUCACUCCAGAAAAACGUAAUGAAGACUAUAUUGCAAUAUCAGAACUGAAACCUGAUAAUGUACAAUUGAUAGUUAAUGAGAAACAAGAUGAAAAUAUGCACAUUUCACAAACUGAUCAUAAUCAUAGGGAAUCGUUAAAUAUAAUUACUAUUGAUAAACAGAAUAAUGCUACUCACAUAGUGCCCACUGAACCAGAUGGAAGUGGACUUCACCCUACAUCCAGUCAUGAAAUAACUACAAUGCAUUUAAUACAAACAUCAAAACAAAGCAAUACUUUACACUUAAUAUCAAAACAGAACGAGUCAUUGCCUGUCUUGACACUACCAAAUCCUCAAAGCCAUGAAAACUUUUCCAGUCAAAUUGCACAAAUACAUAAUAGUGAUUUACCUAUGGAUAUGGUAACUCAUCAUUCAACUAGGGAAGAUCAAAAUAUGAAAGAUCCCACUGAAAUUGGGCAGGAAGCAUUAAUACAAGAGGGAGUAUCUCAGACAGCUGUAAUACAAGUUGUACAGUAUCAUCAACAGGAAAGCGAUGAGGGAGAGGAAUUUGUCUGUGGUAUCUGUGGUGAAGAUUUCAACGACAAGAACGUGUUAAUGGAACACGUUAAAAUUCACAUAUAAGUAUUGUUAUUUUUUUGCUAACCGAGUUUGUGAUAUUCUCGUGCUAUUAAUGUGACUAU